GAUGGAAGAAGCAGACAUUGUUGUGCUGCUACCUGGUCUCGCGAUUUGCGAGAAAAGUAAAAUAGAGAUAAGAUGAAAUAAUUUGUACAUGAUUACUUAAAAUUCCAUCACCAAAGUCCAGGAUGCACUUAAUGUGACGCCAGCAAAAGUAGAAAAAAGAUAAAUAAACCCUUGGAAUUGAUAAGCAACAAACAAUUAGCAAUUGUCAGCUAUUGCUACCAAAGUACUAUAAUCCCAAACUCAAUACUGCACUGCAAUCAGAGUGAAAGUCGAAACGUUAGGCGUGUGAUAAAAAUUUCCUUACCUACCGACCACCCACUGCUUUUGCGAUUUGUAAUGUUAUCAGUGCUCGAGGCGCGCUAAAAACGCCUACAAAAACAACAAUUGAAGCAACAGCGACUGCUUAGGAAAUUCCGAAGGACAUUCGAUUUGAAGUUGCAGUGGCAGCAACGGCCAGCGGAAGCGUCGAACGUGCACACAAUUCCAAAAAGCAAUUAAUGGGGGCCAUGAACCAAAAAGAACAACUGACAAACAGCAGCAGCAACAACAAGCACAACUGACUAACGGACAGAAAUCCGUUUAAAAACAAAGAAAAAUAGAAAAAAUUAAUAUUUAAUUUUACCAACUGAGCAAUAAAAACUAGUCAUAAUUCAUAUGGAAGCGACCGCAAGUUCCAAGUUCAGCGAUGUGGACGAGUACGGAUUUAAGCGUGGCGAUAAGUUCGAUUACAAGUUCUAUGGGAAGUUUAUGGAUGGUUAUUUAAAGAUAUUGACGCGCCGGCGAAUUAAAUGGGAGAAUUUACUUCAACAGAAUCCGGAUUUCAGGCUGAUAAGUCCGAAAUUAAAGCGAUAUAUACGCAAGGGCAUACCAGGUCCAUAUCGCGCGGAUGUUUGGAUGAAAAUUAGUGGUGCCGAUGAAGCAAAGCAACGAAAUCCUAACCUUUAUCAUAGUUUAUUAAAUAUCGAGCAUUUCAACAAAGAAAUCUGCGAUUCCAUAUCAAUCGAUCUACCUCGAACGUUUCCCGACAAUAUUCACUUCGAUGCCAAGAAGGAGCGCCUCUUUAACAUACUCUGCGCCUAUGCGCAUCAUAAUCGAGAUGUUGGCUACUGCCAGGGUCUCAACUAUAUAGCCGGCCUGCUGCUCAUUGUCACCGAUGACGAGGAGAAGUCCUUCUGGCUGCUGAAGCAUAUCGUUGAGAAUAUAGUGCCGCAGUAUCACUCACAUAAUAUGGCCAAUCUGUUGCGAGACUUGGCUGUGUUCAGGGAGCUGGUCAUAAGACGUGUGCCGGCUGUUAACCGACACGUGGAAGACAUGAAUUUACCCUAUGCGGUGAUAGCCAGCAAAUGGUUCAUUUGCAUAUUUGCCGAAGUUUUGCCCGUGGAAACUGUGCUGCGAAUAUGGGAUUGUGUUUUCGCUGAAGGUUAUAAGAUUGUAUUUCGCGCAGCUUUGGCCAUGUUCAUUACACAUAAGAAUGAUAUAUUGCGCUGUGACGAUAUUGCGGCACUAGCCACCAUGUUUCGCGAUCAUAUGAUUCAGGAUAAUAUAGUCACCGACUGCCAUAGCUUUGUAGAAGCCAUGUUUUCCUUGCGUUUGAAACGCAAUGAGGUUGAGAGCUUGCGCAAAAUAGCUGUGCUAAAUGGAAACUAAGCAGUUAAUCAAAAUAGAACAAAAAGUAACAAGAGAAAAGACCCUCAUCAAAAAUAAUAUGGAAACAAAAGAAAGCAAUCGUAAAAUUCAAUUAUUAGAGAUGUAGCUUAUAUGUGUCCAAUCCAUAUAAAUAUAUGUAAUAUUUUACGUGUGUAUUUGUGUAUAGCCUCAUAGUAGCCAAUGUAUUUUGAGUAUUAUUCGAAACAAAACUAAAUAUGAUACCAAAGUUAAAUUCCAAUUCGAUAAACAAGCAAAUCUAAUUACAUAGACUCAUAUGUACAAUAUCGAUAUGUAUGUGUACAUAUGUGUCUGUGCGUUAAUAGUAGUUGUUGCCAAAAUGUAAGCAGAAAACAUACAUACAUAUGUAGAUAUAAUGUAUAUCAAUCGCCUAUAUACGCCACAUACAAGUAUUUGUUAUGUAUGUCUGUAAAUUUAAAACGUUUAGUUUCUUUGGUGUGCUGUUAUUUUCAUAGUUUAUAAAAAAUAUUUAUUUUGUAGCAUAUAUUAAUAUAUACUUUAUAUGAUGCUGUGUUUUGUAGAAAAUUUCUAGAUUAUAUAUGAAUCUAUUUUAUAAAAAGCUUUUCAAUUAUUAAAUACUUGCGAAAGCCUGUUAGUUGAUUGCUAUGUACAAACAGACAAAUACGAAGACCUCACUAUAGCUAUUUACUAUGACGUUUGUAUUUAUAGUUUGCCAAUGAGCACGUUGCAAUACUCACUGUCUACACUGAUACUAUAUAUAUAUAUAUAUUUAUAUGUAUAUCCUGAAAUAUAAUUUGAGGAAUUGAUUUGUUAACACAUGCCUUUUAGGCCAAACUCUACGAACCAGCGAACAAAUGUAAACUUUAAAUGAUAUGAAGUGUCGUUUGAUUAGUGCAACUAAUAUGCUUUUUAAAUAAAUAUUACUGCUAUUUGUUAGAUAA